UCUUCAUGUCAGUGAAUUUUCUACAUGCUUAUAGCAACGCGCUUUUUAAGCUUAAUUAAUACUAUGCUCGUCUUGAGAUUUACUACGAAGUUUCUAGGAACUGCUAUCGGAAAAUAAAGAAGAAGCGCAGAAGAAGAUCGACUAUGUUUUGGUGUACACUGAGAAAACGGGUAAGACGGAUGCAGUCGUUCGACGGCGACGACGAAUCUUCGAAAACAACCUGCGAAAGGAGGGACUUCAGUUGGACUAUAGUCAUCAAGAGGUGAACGACCUCGUCAGUCAAGGGUCAUCGGCGACCAACCUGUUCUCAAGAGCCGUCCGCAAGCUGGCUGACUUUUUGCGCUGGGAACGAGCUUACGAAGAAACGCAGUAUUUCAAUGCGGUCUUCAGUCGCGAUCGUUGUCACCAGUACGACGAAGCCGGUAGCUGCUCAGGUAUCACUGCGUUGCUAGAAAAUGGCACCUACAGUGACGCCUACCCGCUUCACGAAGGCUCCAUCGAUGGUCAAGAUCAAGUUCCACCGACGGACAGACAGUUUCUAAUGCUUGAAAUCAUCUCAAUGGCCGUUGCUUUUCAGGCAACUCACUUAUUUGACAAUUUGGUGACGGUUUUGUUCGCCAUUUUCAUGUCCACUUGGGCGGCUCUAUUUCUGGAGGGUUGGAAACGCCGUCAGAACGAACUGGCAUGGAAGUGGGACCUGCUCGAUUUCGAACUGGAAGAGGAUGUAAUCAGGCCAGAAUUUCUUAGAACUGCCAAAAAGCUGGCUGUGAACCCAAUCACUAAGGAAACGGAACCGUACUUGCCAUUUCCGGAACGGUUUUUUCGAAUGUUUACUUCUGGGGUUACCGUUCUCUUUUUCCUUUGUUUGUUUAUUGCCUUUGCUAUUGGGAUUAUUAUUUAUCGUGUGGUGAUGAUUCACCAUUUCGACAAGCACGAGUCGUCUAUUGUUCGAGUUUACGCCGGCCUUGCAGCCACAGCCGUUUCUGCAUUGUUGAAUCUCAUUAUCAUUAUGCUAUUGGAAAGAGUUUAUACGAAACUCGCCUGGUGUCUUACCAACUGGGAGUAUCCAAGAACUCAGUCGGAGUUCGACAACAGUUUCACGUGCAAGGUUUUUAUGUUCCAGUUCAUCAACUAUUAUUCUUCCCUAUUCUAUAUCGCAUUUUUCAAAGGAAGGUUUGUCACUCUUCCGGGGUCAACCAAUGCUACCAUGUUCGGAUACAAGCCUGAAAUGUGCGAUAUGCGUGGCUGCAUGGUUGAGCUGCUGAUACAACUGUCGAUGAUCAUGAUUGGAAAGCAGUUCAUUAAUAAUUUCUUCGAAAUCGGUAUUCCUGUAAUUACAAAGAAGUUCCGCCAAAUGCGGCAGGCAUGGAAGUAUUCGUGUCGGCUUCCGUGGGAAUUCGACUAUUACCUGAAUCCCGUACCACCGACAUACCUCAUCGAUGAAUACCUUGAAGUGGUUUUGCAGUUUGGCUUUGUUACGCUUUUUGUUGCCGCGUUUCCGCUUGCCCCUUUUUUCGCGUUGCUCAACAACAUCGUGGAAAUCCGCAUAGACGCCUACAAAUACAUCGUCACCUAUCGUAGGCCUACCCCUGUUAGAGUGAAGGAUCUUGGAAUUUGGAACAACAUUCUCGAAAGUUUGUCCAAUCUGGCAGUUCUAACAAAUGUAAUUUUAAGUUUGAUGUUUUAUUGUUAAUU